AUGGAAGAUACUUCAUCUAACACUAUUAAAAUUCAAGUUAAUCAAGAAACACCCAUACUUAUAAAACUUGACAGAAAUAUCAAUUUAAAAGAACUUCGAAUUUUACUAUCUAAAAACGAAAUCCAAAUGGACGACAACAUGGUCUUUAUGCAAUUUUCUGUUCAAAUCCCUAUAAGCGAAGAAUCAGAGUUAUUGCUAUUUCAAAUUCUUUCCAAUGAUACUCUGAAGAUUAAAGCGAAGAUUAAUUGGAUAGAAAUUGGUGAAAAUAUUCAUUUUGGUUCUGGACUUCAUUUUACUGAAAAUGGACCGCAGCUAGCAAAGAGAAAGGCUUAUACAGAUUUGAUUUACACAGAAGAAAUAAAAAAUCAGCCAAUUUACGAUGAAGUAGUGAUUUGCGAAACAGAGAAUCAAAAUUCAUAUAUAAAAAAUUAUGUUGCCACUUUAAAUUGUUCACCGUUCGUAAAUAUUUGUGGUCAGACAACAAAUCAAAAUACUGCAAAAAAGGGAAUUAAAACUGGUUAUCGCAAAAGUAAAAAAGUAAAGACAAUUUUAACAGUUACUGACUUAAAGCCGACUAAAGAAUUCGAAAAUGCAAUUGAUGAAGCACUCAAAUCCGAUAAUAAACGUGAACAACUUAAAAAAGUUACCGAAGAUUUUGGACAUUUUUGGUGUGAGAGGCUCGAGAUUGGAGGUAUUAUUAUAUAUAAAGAAACAAAUGAAAUUAGUUCAAAUAAAAUCCAAAAAGCCAAAGAUUUGAGCGCAGCAGCAAAUUUAACACCACCUUGGCCAGUCGGUAUUGAAGUUACAGCUGGGAUAAAAAGAGACAAUAGCAACAUGGAAGCUUCAAAUAAUAGCUUCAAACUUUUAAUAGUAAAUGGUGGACUAGAAGAGUGCUAUUAUGAGCAAGGAAUGGCUGGAUGGCUUAAAUCAUUAAACGAUCAUAGAAGUUGGAAAGCAGUUGAAUUUUCAGAAAUUCGUCCUAUAUUUGAUAUUCUCGACGAUAAACGAAGAUUGGAAGUAUCGGAAGCACUUGGAAAACAAAUAAUCGUUUCUCAAGUUGUUGAGCUUAACAUUACUUUGGACUUAUCCAUAAGAAAGCCAUUUAUAUAUGAAUUUCCUAGAAAUUUUAGAUUCUCAAGCACAGAUCAAAUAUUUGUAACAGGAAUGAGUGACGACAAUCCAAAGGCAGUGUUUGCGGCUCGACUUCAUUAUGUUGAUGAUAGAAGCCAGCCAGUAAUUCUUCUGCAUCGAUUAGGAGAAUUAAAAAAUAAAUCAACUUUAAAAAAUUUUUCUUUAAAGUUAGGAUAUAUUGUUGUUGGAAUAUCAACACUAAAUUUAUCUGAGCAACUUGUUUUAGAAAGUGCGAGGGUUUCAUUUAACGAUAAUCAAUGCUCGGUUAUUAUUAAGAAUCAAGAACGGGAUGUAAAUACCGGUCUUAUAUCAACUUGUGUUUCUAAGUCAAAAAAUUUGCAAAAUGAUCCGAAAUCUGAACUUAUCAUGGGAGCCCAUUUUGGUUAUGGAGAUAAUGAACUUAGAGCAUGUACACAACAUUAUGAUGAAAAAUUGAGGCCGAUAUAUCAGUUCGAUAAUUUGCCGUCAGAAUUUUUCGUUAAUUAUAGUGUAAUUUCGGGGCAACAAAAUGAUCGAUUUGGCCAAGCCCAAGUAACCAAAAAAAAUUUAGGUCUUUGUCUGCUACCAUCGAAAAAAUCCAAAGUCACUUUUAAAAAAUAUCCGCAACUUGUAACAACACGACUCCAAGAACCGAUUUUUAUAAGUUUGAUCUCCAAUAAUUGCCAAGAGAAAUGUGUCCACGGCUUUUUCAAAAUAACUUCAGAGUAUGCUGUGUUUCAAUCCUUCAAUAAUCCGAUUACUAAAUAUCAUCAGGUUGCGUACUUCUCAACAAAUCUUCUAUUUCCUAAAGUUGAAUCUAGUCCUUCAAUUCAAGAUUCGCAAGAAAAUGGUAACGAGGAAAAGAAUAAGAAGGGGGAAGGAAAGUCAUCCUUCAGUGCCACUCGUCAGAUAAACACUGAAAGAACUAAUACGACAGAACUAGCCAACACAAGUUACCGUCAGGACCGUAGAAAACGGAAAGAACAAAUAAAGGAUACCAUAACGAAAAGUAACGAGUAUGAAACAUUUGAAUGUACUAAUAAAUUCCGUACUACCACCAGGCCAGGUUACCAACGCAGUG